AUGGACACCGCGGACGACCGUACCCGUCACUUAACGGACCACAUCUACCACAUGAUCACGUUCGCUGCAAUUAUUAUAUGCCGGUUACUGAACGCAUACGAGCAGCAACUAUCACAAAUAUACAACCUAGACGAACUCGACUCAUUGAUACUCAGCCUCGUUAACUGGAUGCAAACAAUCGGUCUUCCCUGUCAUGCAGCGCAUACACUCGGUCACGUCAUUGGAACGGUUCAUCAGAAGUUGCGCCCAGCGGUCGUUACCCAGCCUCUUGCUACAGAGCAAAGUGAGGUUUUCUUUGGACAUGACCUGGCUAGUUACUUCCCCGAGUUCCUAGGUGUUGAAACGACAGAAGAUGGAAACUGGGAUUUAAUGCCUAGUUGGGGAUUUUCAAGCCCUCCAUAA